AUGCUCAUCGUUCGCGCCCUCUCCGUGUUUGCCCUCGCCGCCGCGACCGUGCGAGCCGACGGGCAGUCGAUCGUCGGCGCCAUCAAUGAAAUCAAAAGCGACGCAAAGUCCCUCGGCGAUCAGGUCACCGCCUACCGUGGUGGCAUCCUCGGCGUCAUCCCCAUCGCCGUCGACUCGCUGCGCCUCUUCGCCUCCCUCCACGCCGGAACGAGCACGGCGGAUGAUUCGGCGCCGCUCAGCCAGGCCGAGGCCAUCACCCUCGCCUCGUCGGUCCAAGGCCUCGCCGGCACCGUCAACGCCACGCUCGAGGCCAUCAUCGCGGCCAAGCCGAGGUUCGACAAGCUCCUCGUCGUCAACCCCAUCGUCUUCCUCAAUCUGCGACAGCAAUCGAGGGCCGCCAAGGACUUUGGCGCCAGCGUCACCGCCAAGGUGCCGGCCGAAAUGCAGCAGAUCUCGGCCGCCCUCGUGAAGCCGAUCGACGAUGGUUUCGCCAAGGCCCUCGACGUCUACCAUAUUUAUCUGUAG